UUGACAGGUGACAGCUUGACCUAAAAUGGCUGGAUUUUUUUCGAAGUGAGUCACUGAAGCCAUCCCAGAAAGUCACCACCAGGUACCUUUGAUCUAGUGUCUGAGCCUAACUCAGCCCAGGAAAGCAAAAUGAUCCUCAACACCUCUGUGGAAGAUGGUAUUAAAAGAAUCCAAGAUGACUGCCCCAAGGCUGGAAGACACGCUUACAUUUUCAUCCUGAUUCCCACGCUCUAUAGCAUCAUCUUUGUGGUGGGGAUAUUUGGAAACAGCUUGGUGGUGAUCGUCAUUUACUUCUACAUGAAACUGAAGACAGUGGCCAGUGUUUUCCUCCUGAAUUUAGCCCUGGCUGACUUAUGCUUUCUUCUGACUUUGCCACUGUGGGCUGUCUACACUGCAAUGGAAUACCGCUGGCCCUUUGGCAAUUACCUGUGCAAGAUCGCCUCCGCCAGCGUCAGUUUCAACCUCUACGCCAGUGUCUUUCUGCUCACCUGUCUCAGCAUCGAUCGCUACCUGGCCAUUGUUCACCCAAUGAAGUCCCGCCUCCGUCGCACAGUGCUUGUAGCCAAAGUCACUUGCAUUGUCAUUUGGCUGAUGGCUGGCUUGGCCAGUUUGCCCGCCAUUAUCCACCGAAAUGUGUUUUUCAUUGAGAACACCAACAUCACGGUCUGUGCCUUCCAUUAUGAGUCCCAAAAUUCAACCCUCCCUAUAGGGCUGGGUCUCACCAAAAAUAUUUUGGGCUUCAUGUUUCCUUUUCUAAUCAUUCUUACGAGUUAUACUCUUAUCUGGAAAGCCCUAAAGAAGGCUUAUGAGAUUCAGAAGAACAAGCCAAGAAAUGAUGAUAUAUUUAAAAUAAUUAUGGCAAUCGUGCUUUUUUUCUUCUUCUCCUGGGUCCCCCACCAAAUCUUCACCUUUCUGGAUGUGUUGAUCCAGCUGGGCAUCAUACAUGACUGCAAGAUUGCAGAUGUAGUGGAUACGGCAAUGCCUAUCACCAUCUGCAUAGCUUAUUUCAACAAUUGCCUCAAUCCCCUUUUUUAUGGCUUCCUGGGGAAAAAAUUCAAAAGGUAUUUUCUCCAGCUUCUGAAAUACAUUCCUCCAAAGGCCAAAUCCCACUCAACUCUGUCAACGAAAAUGAGCACACUCUCCUACCGUCCCUCGGAUAAUAUCAGCUCAUCCACCAAGAAGCCAGCGCCAUGUUUUGACGUGGACUGAUGUUCAAAAGCUGUCUGUGAAGUAACCUUGUGAAAGACGGAUCCAGAGACUCAUUCCUCACAGCCUUUCCCUGCCAGAGGACCAUGAGUGACUUCUCAGAAUUAAGCAGAAAAUGGAUUAAGUGGACUUCAGCUACUUAUCUAAUGCUCUGAACAAAAGCUUUUCUUUCCCUUUGCAACAAAACAAAGCGAAGGCACAUUUUGCAUUAAGUUAGAUGAUGGCUGCUCAAAGAAUGAUGUCAGAAACUGGAUGACUGUGUUGAUUUAGAAAAUCUCACUGGCAGAAAUGCAAUCUCCCCAGUCUCCACUUGUUCUGUCAUUGUUGCUUUCCACAUAAAGGUAUUUAGAAUACGUUCAACCUUUAGACAAGCACUAGGAGAUGGGAGUUCAAGGUUACUCUGCCCAGUUUCCAAAGGGUAGGAAAGCUUUGGUGUCUGCUUAAUUGUUAGAAAAUGUGGCUCUUGCACAUUUUGUACAAAGAUUUGCUAAGUAGAUUUGCUAAAAAGAUUUGAAAUUCAGCCAGUGUCUUAAAGAUUCACACAGCCAAAAUAUGUCCAGUAGAACAACUCAUUUCUUCACUGGUGUUACUAAAGUCACUCAUAAAAGUUAAACUGCUGUCACUCUGGUGCCAGGUAGUUGUGUCUCCCUAGUCACAUUAGCUAUGUCAUAUCUGAAAAAUGUAUAUAGUUUAUGGUCAAACGAUUAUGUAUCAUAAAGUAUGCCUUCCUGUUUUAAAAAGUGUAUAUUCUACACAUGUAUAUAUACUGUAGUCUGUCUGUAAACUGUUGUUAUUUGAUUAAA